AUGAACACAGUACUCAUAUCGUAUAUAACGCUAGUGAUAUGUUGCCUGGCCUACGCCCUGGCACUUCCAACACCCUUAAAUGAGGAACCGCAGUUGCAACUCGCUACUGACAUACUGGAGCCACAAGAAUCACGAUAUGGUUGGGGUGGCCAGGGUUGGGGAGGACACGGUUGGGCAGGUCGAGGCUGGGGAGGCUAUGGUUGGGGAGGAAAUGGCUACGGCUGGGGUCACGGAGGUGGCUGGGGCCAUGGAGGCGGCUGGAGACCCGGUGGGGGCUUUAUAGGCGGUGGAGUUAUCGGAGGCGGAAUCAUCGGUGGCGGUUGGGGAUAUGGACGCUAA